AUGGUGGGAAAGAUCAGAUCUCCGGUGAAGGUGAAGAAGCCUCUGAACGCCUUCAUGCUCUACAUGAAGGAGAUGAGACAGCAGGUGCUGCAGGAAGGACACGAGAAGGAGAGCUCCGCCAUUAACCGCAUCCUGGGACGCAGGUGGCACGCUCUGUCUCCCUCUGAACAGUCCAAGUAUUACGAGCUGGCCCAGAAGGAGCGGCAGCUCCACAUGCAGCUGUACCCUGGAUGGUCUGCCAGGGACAACUACGGGAAGAGGAAGAGGAGGCAGAGGCAGCAGCAGCUGACUGAAGGCUCACCUGGGACAGGAUUCAUGUGCAGCCACUUCUAGCUGAAGAAUCAAACUGUUUCUAAUUACUGUCAAUGAACUGAAAAUAUAAACACUGACUUAAUGCACUCACUGAACAUUUACACCCUGCUUCUGCUCAAGUCUUUCAGCUGCAGUGAGAUCAGAUACCAGCGUUCCUCUCAUGAUCAUCCUGUGCUUUCAGUCUAAGGAGUGUGAAGUCUGAUUCAUUUAAAUGUUUGGGUUUAUUUUAUCCUU